UGAGACCGGAUGAAAAAGGUGCAGCCUGUGAUUUCCAUCGGCGCGGAGGCUGCCCCUGUAGAAUGUUAACGAUGACGCGCCGAGUUAUGACAUUUCGGAUUGAAACCAGACACCGGUUUGAAAUCCGUGGUUCCUCGUGGUGAUUCUAUUCCAACUGUGAACGUAUCAAUCUAGAAAUGUCUUUAGGCUUGUGGCCUCGUCUUGCAAAGAGAGCUGCGAUCGGUGUGAUGACCGCAGAUCGGUGCAAGAUGGAAGGCCGACAGAGUACGGGAACUGCACCGACUGCCGGGGAGCAAGGCGUCUCCUCAAGCCCGACGUCAACCAUUGUGCCCAUUGCAGACGAGACGGGCACGAGCACUCAGGACCGUGGCCUAAAGGACGCGCCUCCUACGCCUACGAAGCGUCAGCGCUCUGACUCCACAACUGAUAUCAGGAAUAAUAAUUUAAAAAACCAAGACGACGAAACCGACGGCGACAAAGUGUACAACACGACGACGGAGGCCCUCAAGAAAGGCAACUCAUGCUGCGACUGGAUGCUGAGGUCCGUCUGGAAAACAGCUUCUUCGCCACGAUGUACUGCCGCAGACAGUGGUACAUCCUCCUCGUGCUGUGCCUGGGUACUCUGACUUCCUCCUUCGCCGUGUGUCUGUUUCCGCCCUUCUUUCCGAGGAUUGCCCAGGAAAAGGGUGCUUCAGCCACCAUCUAUGGCCUUAUCAUCGGGACCAACUGUCUGACAGCAUUCCUUAUCACCCCCGUUGUUGGGAAGAACCUUAAGACAAUUGGUGUUCACUUUGCCUUCACAGCCGGCUUGUUCUGUAGUGGAGGGUGUUGCAUGUUGACAGGACUUCUGGAGUUCUUUCCAGGAGGCCCUGCCUUCGUGAUCAUAGCUGUGUUCAUCAGAAUGGUGCAUGCCACGGCAAACUCCGGUAUUUUGACCAGCUCCUUUGCCUUCAUUGCUGCGGAGUUUCCCGAGUCGGUUGCCAAAAUGUUUGCUCUGACCAGGACCACCAUGAACUUGGCCCAGAUGUUUGGGCCGGUGGUGGGAGGGGCACUGUACGAGGUGGGCGGGUUCAAGAUGCCCUUCCUCGUGAUGGGCAGCCUGCAGAUGGCCAUGACCAUAUUCGCCUCCUUCCUGUUGCCUCAUUCGUCAAAGGAGGCAGAGACGACGGAAAAUGAGACGGGGAAGAAGAAAGAGGUUCAGAUCUGGAGGGUCUUCACCAUCCCGGGCGUGUGGGUCUCCUUCCUCACCUUCAUCUUCUCCACGAUGAGCAACGGCUUCCUCUCCGUCACCCUGGAGCCUCUUGUGCUUCGGAAGUUCGACCUGAGUCCGUUCUACAUUGGUCUGCUGUUCGGCCUGAAAGACGGGGCCAACAGCCUGGCGUCUCCCAUCUGGGGCUGGGCGUGCGAUCGCUACCACAAGGUCAAGUUGUUCAUCCUCUUGGCUUCCUGCUUCGCCUUCACGUCCUUUUUCUUGCUGGGACCUUUCCCGGGAGUUCCCAUUCAGAGCACGCUGGCGAUCGUUAUCCUCGCCCUCUCACUGAACGGCUGUGGCAUCGGCGGGCAGCAGGUGGCAGGGGUCGUCGACGCUAUGAAGGAAGUCGUCGAGGGAGGGUUUCCUGACGAGGCUGACACCCAUGGCUGCGUGGCUGGGCUGUGGUCCUCCCUGUCCGGUGCGGGGAGGUUCAUUUCUCGCGGGGGGUCGGGGGUCCUCAUAGACACGAUUGGCUUCAGGAAAUCCACCGUCAUUGUGGUCUUUCUCCAUGGAUUCAUCAUUGUGAUGACGAUGCUGCAUCUGAUGUUCUGCGGCAAGAGUCGAAUUUCCUACUUGCAUCACUACAACACCGAGGGCGAGUCGAGUGAGUCUGGCCGCGGGGGAGUCAUCACCACGGGGGCAAACAGGAUUGGGACCAUCUUCACUACCUCGCCCUCGGAACCCGUCACCACCAAAGCUAUUACCAUCGAAAUCCCCGGUUACAGAGAAGAUUUUGAGGAUUCUUUAUUUUGUGGUUCAGCUCCAAUAUCGACGUCCAUGAGGUACGGACGAAGCAGGUCUCGGCGUUGUACAGCAACAAUGGAGUCUGUAUAACAUGAAGCAGAAUCAUGAAUGGUGAGCAAAUGUGUAUAUAAAACGAUGAAUGAAUGUAAUAUAAAACCAGCGUGUCAGAAAAUCCAAAUGUGCAUUAGUUCAUGGCGUUUGCUAUGUAUACACAAUGCAAAACAAAAAAGCUGAAGACAAAAAUAGAAAACCUGAUUAUGAUCACAUCAUUUUUUUUUGCCAUUUAAUAGACAAAUAAGAUGACAGUUCUGCCUUUUGUUUCACAUAUCUCAAUCAAAAAAAUUUCUAGGGGGUAUAAUGCAUUUGUAUUUUUAAUUUCAAUAAAUCAGUCUUUGUAGCAAUAUUAUUACUGUGCAUAACAGGUUUUCGAACUAGAGUGAAAUUAAAAGAUGUCUCCAUACAUUAAAGGUAGCCUUUAGUACUGUAAAGCUUUGAUAAAAUUUACUAAAAGUAAUUUUUAAUUGUGGGUUCAAUUGCCAGUUCUGUAUUAUUUUUUAUCUCCAAAUGCCCAGUCCUCUGCAGUUUAUUCCUAUAAAUAUUCUAAGGCAGAGUAUGUUCAGAAAAAGAGGUGCAGUGAGCUCAUGCAAUUCAUAUUUAUAUGUAGAGCAAAAUAUACAUUUUAAAAAAAUAUUUAUUCCAGAAUAUUUUUAUAAAAAUCCUUGUAUUGCACUGUAUAAUGUAAAGUAGGUAACAAACUUCAGUAAUAUGCAUGUACGAAUACAUAUCUCUUGUCUCUAGUAUAAGUAUAUUUUUGUACCUGUUCAGUGAUUUAGUUAAUUGUUAAAAAAAGUGUUUUUCCUCCUUUGUAGGGGCAUAACUUAAAUAGGGUUUAAGAUUCUUUCAUAUGAACUAUUGAAUCAAGUGUUUAUGUAUAGUCCAUAUGGUUUAUUAUUAUAUAUUUUAUAUAAUGUAGUGUUUUUCCUCUAUUGCUGUCUUUUGAGAAAACUUGGGUGUAUAUUAAAACACGAUUAAAAGAAAGAAUACCAACAAUAGAGGGUAGUUUAGAAAUGGAAGUGUUUUGCUUUUUUUUUUUUAUUGUUUCUAAGCAUUAGUCCUAAAAUGUGACAUGUCCCUUAAUCUGACUCCUGCAAUAAAAUAUUGAUCUCU